GGCUUAGUGCGGUUUCGCAGGGGAAGGUUUAGGGAGCUGUCACCAUCUCCAGCUUCCGGUUCCGGUUUUCAAGCCUAAUGGGCCUCCGUCGCUAUGGAGGAACCGGAGAUGCAGCUCAAGGGGAAGAAAGUCACAGACAAGUUCACCGAGAGCGUCUACGUCCUGGCCAAUGAGCCGUCUGUGGCCCUCUACCGGCUCCAGGAGCAUGUGCGCCGCUCUCUGCCAGAACUGGCCCAGCAUAAGGCCGACAUGCAACGGUGGGAGGAGCAGAGCCAGGGAGCCAUCUACACAGUGGAGUACGCCUGUAGUGCCGUGAAGAACCUUGUCGACAGCAGCGUCUACUUCCGCAGUGUGGAGGGGCUCCUCAAACAGGCCAUCAGCAUCCGGGACCACAUGAACGCCACCCAGGGCCACAGCCCCGAGGAGUUGCCCCCACCCUCCUUGGCCUGAUCCCAGAAGAGACUUGGGGGUGCUUUGGCCCCUCCAACCAGACAGAGCCCGGCAUGGCGAUUACCACCCAACUCUGGACUCCUCGCUCCACCACUGACCUGUG